AUGCCAAGCACUUUGUCGCACCUGGCCAGGCGGAAGCUACUGCUGUUGGUCUUGCUGGAAAGCUCCCGCAUGGGCGCCGGCUGGAACCUGAACUGGUCACGCUGCCGGAAUUUGGCGAAGGACGAGGUGCUGGAGGUGAACUGCCAGAGGCACGGAAGGAGCUUUUACGUCGUCCUGUACAGCCGCAACCAAAAACUGUCGGUGAACUCGAAUGACAUGGCGCUCACCUAUCCGGACUGUAUCCGGCUCUUCUACCCCCAGCUGGGGGGCUUCUUGUCGGCCAGCUGCUCCGAGAAGCGGGAGCCCAGGCUGAGGAGGUACAAGGGGAAGGCCGAGGAGCUGAGGGACAACGCCAAGGACAUUUGGAUCGUGCAGCCGGUUGCCGGGGUACAGCUGGAAAAGGCGGUGCAGUGGGCUACCACACCCGUCAUGCUGCGACACCUUGGGAGCAAGAAGCGGGGCCUCAGUGAAGCCGUGCUUCGGAGACGGGGGCGGAUGUUGGCUCCGGUGAAACCCGUGUCAUGA